AAAGAUAUUAUUUUGUAAAUUAUUACAAAAUUAUUUUUCAUACUAAUUAUCUGAGACGGGAAGCACACUAUUAGCCCGUAUCGUUAUAAAGAAUCAGCCUCGUUGUGCUUCUAAUCCUUUUUAACUUAAAGCUUGAAUCAUGCCAGCUCAACACAAGCCGCAGAAGCAAAAGCCUGGUAAGUCUCCUGCCAUUAAAGGCAAGAAGAAGAAGACCAUUGUCAAAUAUACAAUUGACUGCACACAGCCAGUUGAAGAUGGCAUUAUGGAUGUCAGCAAGUUUGAGGAGUUUUUGCAUGCCCGAAUUAAGAUUAAUGGGAAGACAAAUAACUUUGACAAUAAUGUCUCAUUGGAGAAGACCAAGUCGAAGAUUGUGCUAACGGCAGAUAUCCCCUUCUCAAAGAGGUACUUGAAAUAUUUGGCCAAGAAAUACCUGAAGAAGAAUAGUCUUCGUGAUUGGCUUCGAGUAGUUGCUGCCACUAAGGAAUCUUAUGAAUUACGCUAUUUCCAUAUCAAUAAUGAGGAAGAUGAAGAUGAUGAGGGUAAUGAAUAAGGCUGGCAUUCUUUUGUACAGUGUCAAUAAGGUUAAUAAAUAAUUGAAAAAAGUU